AUGGAUCCGUUAAGCCCCAAGUCUCCAAUGCCAACUCCAUCGCCGCGGUCGCCACAUUCGCCAAUGGCCAUCGGCAUGACCAUGAUAUCGCCACUGCCCCAGCUGGUGACCAGCUUCUCCACAGAACAUGUGCUCCAGAGACAAGCAUCCCUCUCUGCCAUGCUCAUGACACCCAGAUCAGGCGGUACCACAGCUCCAUGGCGCUUGAGCAAUGGGUCAACCUGUCGGCGGAAUAGCCUGACCUCGCCAAUCACCUCUCCUGCUUAUUACACCUAUUCAAUCCACACACCCACGAGAACCUACUCUCAUACCAUGCACAUGCACACACCCACAACUGCGACCUACCGCCAAGAUUGUCGUCAGAGCCGCAUGGCCAUGCGCAGCCCUACGCAGGGGCGUGGGACAACGAUGACGCUGCCCCUGCGCGUGAACACCAACCUGCCUAAUGUGCGGGAAGAGGACUAUUCAUCCGCCCGAUUCUCCUCCGGGAGCACACUCAGCGACUGGGCUCCGACCACAACCACUACUGCCACCACGCUUACCGCGUCCCCUACAAACUCCCGACGUCUCAUUCGCUCGCACACCCCUGCUCCAAUCACCACGCGGUCCCCGAUCCGCAAGCGGCCCAAACUCUCGCGUUUUCCUCGAGCCGGACGUCUUCCGCAACCGCCUCAGUACCACGUCACAGUGGUUCCUCCUCCCGCCAGCCCACGCACACAGCGCCAACGACAAGACUACCUGCACAGCGUCGACCACCUGCGCACGCCUCUUGUGCCGCUCAUCUCGGUGGCCACGGGCCUGCCGCACCCGCAGUUUCCUACCAGCCUGCUGCAGUACCACCUCUUGACACACGACCAGCUGGACAGCCUAGCACGGUGGUACCACCAGGUCGAACCCGCGGUGCAAGAGACGUUCCUCUACCCGGCGUGCAUCCCGGCUUGGACCAGCCUGCACGACGAAGAUCGCCAGGUCGAGGUAGACCUCGAGACCAAGCGGCGCAGGUGGGGAAGGUUUAUUGGCCUCCGCGGGUGUGAAAGUCCCGGCACGGAGACGAACGAGCACGGCAAUCCCAUCGAGACGAGGGAGGAGUUGUCGCGGCGCAUGGAGAGGGAGUGGCGGCGCGCGCUGGAGAGGGCGGAGGAGGAAUCCCGAGCAUUCGAGAAGAGUUGGCGGGGGCGGUGGUAG